AUGAUGCCGCUGCGGAAGAAAGCCCCUUCGAAUCUCAGUAUUCCUGUGAACACUAAAGACCCUGUGAGGCUUGCCUUUCUUGGGGGGCCUAAGUCAGGGAAAACUGCCCUCAUCUCCAAACUCACUACUGGAACAUAUUGUGACACGUACUAUCCCCUGCGGCUGACGGUGCCGGUGCUUUUCAACUUUGCCCCAUCCAAAACAGACCUGGAAAUACUUCUCGACGAGACACUGUCCGCCAAAGCAUUGAAAGUUGUGCUGAAACAGACCAAUGUGCUUGUAAGUCCUGUGGUGUACAAUGCUCUCCAACAGAACUACUUGAAAACUGCGCCAACAGUUGCUAGUGAUACAGAGUCGGUGACCAUCACGGGAAACAAUGGCUACUAUGCGUCGUACAGGCGGAAAAGCGCAGGCGAGAAGGAGUCUGGCGUCACUCCGAUCAUGACAGAGCUCAUUGACACCCCCGCAUUCAACCCGAGCCAGAUCGUUCCCUUUUUGGAGGCUUCGUUGUAUGUUCGCUUAGACAGGGAUGUAUUGCAUAAGUUGGCAGAUGUGCCUCGCCAGCCAGUAUCGACCAACCCAUUGAUUGUGGCCAGUGGAGCCAGCGAGAUGAAUGGUCUGGUUGAUGGAUAUUUUUUCGUGUAUAAUGCCAUCCCCACAACAGAGCCACCUUCAUAUGAAGAGGUCAGUCCUUCCACCAGCAACGAGGACUCGUUGUACUCGACCUCCGUGGAUUCAGCAGAAUCAUACAAUAAAGAUGGAACUUUAAAGUCACUCACACUUCACACCAAUGCGAAUGACAAGACCUUCAGUUUGCUCCCAGUAAUGAAGGAUGCAUUGGAAGAGGCCUGGAAGGAGUACUACACUUACAAAACAAGAUGGGAAUUGGGAGAGGAGAGAGAUGUCUUUUCGUUCAAGACUGCUCUUAAGAACAUGUGGAACGAGCGUGGAAACCAGCCUUCAAUGUCAGAAAAGAAUAUCCAACUCAUGGAUACAUCGAUAGACCCUGCAUCUCCACUGUGUCCACCACCCAUCUGGAUUGUGUGUACCAAUCUGAAGUCACCAUUGGCAUCUCCCAAGUUGAUGGAGGACGGAAAGAACUUGGCCAAGUUGUGGAGAUGUGGCUUUGUUGCAUUGGAUUCCAACGAGGACGUGGAAGAGGUUCUUGCGUUGAUGAUUCGUGAGUUGGUCGAGAGACGAAAGCUCCAGAAAACUAGAAAGAGACGUGGUUAG